ACGCGCACGCGCCCCGGAAGUGGUCGUGCGGGUCGUCGCCGACCUCUGCACUGGGGGCGCGCGCGCCCGCCGCUGUGGGGAAGGGGCGGGAGCGAGGACCCGAUGCGGGGUGGCGGAGGGCGCGAUGGCUUCGGCUGGAGGCGGCCACUGUGAGGGCGCCGCGCCGGAGGCCGACCGUCCCCACCAGCGGCCCUUCCUGAUCGGGGUGAGCGGCGGCACUGCUAGCGGGAAGUCAACUGUGUGUGAGAAGAUCAUGGAGCUGCUGGGACAGAAUGAGGUGGACCACCGGCAGCGCAAGUUGGUCAUCCUGAGCCAGGACAGGUUCUAUAAGGUCCUGACAGCAGAACAGAAGGCUAAGGCCUUGAAGGGACAGUACAAUUUUGACCACCCAGAUGCUUUUGAUAAUGAUUUGAUGCACAGGACUCUGAAAAACAUCGUGGAGGGCAAAACUGUUGAAGUCCCAACCUAUGAUUUUGUGACCCACUCUAGGUUACCGGAGACCACGGUGGUCUACCCUGCGGACGUGGUUCUGUUUGAGGGCAUCUUGGUGUUCUACAGCCAGGAGAUCCGGGACAUGUUCCACCUGCGCCUCUUUGUGGACACAGACUCUGACGUCAGGCUGUCUCGCAGAGUUCUCCGCGACGUUCACCGAGGGAGGGAGCUGGAGCAGAUCCUGACCCAGUACACCACCUUCGUCAAGCCCGCCUUCGAGGAGUUCUGCCUGCCGACAAAGAAGUAUGCAGACGUGAUCAUCCCUCGUGGGGUUGACAACAUGGUUGCCAUCAACCUGAUUGUGCAGCACAUCCAGGACAUCCUGAAUGGCGACAUUUGCAAAUGGCACCGCGGAGGGUCCAAUGGGCGAAACUACAAGAGGACCUUUUCUGAGCCAGGAGACCACCCCGGGGUGCUGACUUCCGGCAAACGGUCACACCUGGAAUCCAGCAGCAGACCCCACUGAGGGUCUCCCGACAGGCACGUGCAUGCAGGGCCUGGGCCUGGAGGUGCCCACCUGCCCUGGGAACGCACCCACUGCUUCCUCUCCGUGUCCCAGGGUGGCGUUAGGAUCCAGGCGAGUGGGAGCCUGGAUGUGUCAUUCAAACUCAAUUUGACAGGACAGUGACAGGGCAUUCCUGAGUCCUUCACCUGCUUCCUCAGGCUUGGGGAGGUUUAAAAAUCUCUCCAGGUCACUGAGAAAUGCCACAGAACACGUAGCAAGCCUAAGCCUGCUUGCUUCUGCAAGGAGUGCAAGUCAUGUAUAGUUGGGGAAACUGAGGAAACAACCAGGACACCAUGCUGGCCUGGUGUUUUUGACAGGGAACCCAGAGACGUUUUCCAGUCUGACGUGGUUCACUCACAUGUAUAAGUAACAUGUUUUAUGAGAGAAUAUGUUCCUCUUUCACAUUAUACAUUUCAGUGAUUUCUGUUUUAUUCUAUAUCAUAGAACAAGGCUGGCUGUGACCUAUGAGCCUAGUUCCAUGGUUGCAGUCAGGAGCGGGAAACACCAAUGAGAGGAGCCACAACGAGAUGGCUCCCUCCUCCUCCCCUGCGUGUCAAAGGCAGAGGAGUGGCAGGAGCCUUGGGGAGCAGCCGGUAUCACACACAGCACACGGGGCUCUUGCGGUCCAGGCUGUGGGCGCCUGUGCAGUGGGCAGGGCAGCGGCGGUCAGGUCUGUCCCGACUGGGACACGUGUCAUCUGCCACAGUCCUGCCCGGGGCCGGGCCCCCCGACCCAGCACCAGGAGCCCGAGCCCAAGGUGCUGUCUGUGGACGGGCUGUCCCCAGUGCAGCUCAGGGCCACAUCCAGGGCACAGUGCGUCCAGCCAGCACACGUGCUGGACGGUAGAGGUUCCAGUGAGUGUGGCUGCCCGAGGCCGGCCAUUGUCCCUUAUGCCAGUCCUGAGCUCACGGCCUCACAAAUGAUCUGUGUCUCUGUCCAAGUUUGUCUUCCCUCCCACAUGAUGGCUGUUUCUGUGAAGUGUCCCUUGCCAUUGUCACAAGCCAGACUGCACAGGCAGCUCUGGGCUUCUUUCCAUCCCAUGUAACUCGCCGUAGUGAUGCAGACACGAGGUGAGUGUCCGAGCUGUGACGGUUUUGUCAAGCUUGGGCCCUUUCAGAGGGGAAUGAAUAAAUAACACCGAAUGCAAA